GGACAGUGAGAUAGCGCACUAGGAAGAAAUUCACACGCUGCUGCUGCGACCAGCACAUUUCUCUGGGAUAUAACAAUAACAAAACCUUUCCAUUUGUACAUUUCCCGUCGGGGCGAAUAUGGCGACGCUGGGACCGGAGCCCCGUCCCCACUCCCAGCUGCCUUCAGCAGCAUUACAGCCGAACCUGAGCGGACUGGGCUCGAACACGAACCUGCCCCUGAACCGGGGCUUAGAGAGAGCUCUGGAGGAUGCGGCCAACUCGGGAUUUCUAAACCUUAGCACAAGAAAACUGAAGGAAUUUCCUCGGACAGCAUCUAACUAUGACUUGACGGAUACCGUUGAAGCAGACCUGUCAAAGAAUCGAUUGAUUGACAUCCCAUCAGAAGUGUGUCAUCUGGUCUCUUUGGAAACGCUGAACCUUUAUCACAACUGCAUCAGGAGCAUUCCAGAUACCAUCAUAAGCCUACAGUCCCUAACUUGCUUACACAUCAGCCGGAAUCAGCUGUCAGUGCUGCCAGCGUGUGUGUGUGGUCUUCCUCUGCGAGUUCUCAAUGCCAGCAAUAACAAACUCAACGCACUUCCAGAAAGCAUUGGUCAGCUCACCAGUCUCAUGGAACUGGAUGUAAGCUGUAAUGAAAUCACAGCUCUUCCACGCCACAUUGGCAGACUAAAAGCCCUAAGAGAACUGAACGUGCAUCGAAAUCUUCUCUGUGUCCUACCAGAGGAUUUAUCAGAUCUACCUCUGGUGAAGUUUGACUUCUCCUGUAAUAAAGUUUCCACUAUUCCUGUUUGCUAUCGAAAAAUGACCCAACUCCAGUCAUUACAACUGGAAAACAAUCCACUUCAAAGUCCUCCUGCACAGAUCUGCAUGAAGGGUAAGAUUCAUAUAUUUAAAUACCUCGCCAUGGAGGCAUGUCGUAGUGACAAGAUGGCAGACGGCCUGUACCUGCCUGUGACGGACCGCCUCAGCUUGACACGACCCACCAAUGGGAGUAUUGAGGACAUUGAUCAGCACAAGAAACUUGACAGUGACUCUGGGGUGGGCAGUGACAAUGGAGAUAAGCGCCUAUCUGCUACUGAGCCAUCAGAUGAAGACAGUCUCAGCUUGAAUGUGCCCAUGACUAACAUCACAGAGGAGGAAAGCUUGAGCAAAGACGACUCCAGUGAACAUAUCAGUGCGCUGACAGCAGACAGAAGUCCAUCUGAAUCUCUUAAGAGGCAGCUGGGCUACAGAGACUCCACCCUCAGUACACCAUUUGUCAACUAUAUCAAGGGUCGCAGUGCUGACUUUGAUGAGCCCCUCAGAAUAGAAGAAGACAGGAACUGGACUUCAGAAGAAACGUCAAAAGUAAAUAUGAUCAAUCAGUUAAAGGAGGCAGUGGAGAUGCUACAGGAUCCUAACAGGGUUAACAUGAGCUCGGCUGAUCUGUCUGGUAUCAAGCUCUACCCCGUGGAGAUGGUUACAGUAGAUGAGUCGCUCAAUGGACAGGAGAAUGAUGAGGGUCAGCUAACACCAAAGGCAACCCCUGGAGAAUGCUGGGAGUUCCAGAGGAAGCGACAAUACAUUCUAGAACGGGCCCGACUCGAGGCCCAGCUCGCAUGCCAGCAGUAUGCUUUGCACAUGGCACAACAGGGGGAUGUGAUUGGUGAGGAAGAAUCAGAAGAUAGUUCUGAGAACCAAGUUACCAAGAAUGAAGACAGAACCCCAGUUUGCAGUCCCACAAUGACUUCUCCCUUUGGGUUAAAGCCCAGAUCAGCUUCACCCACUGUGCCCUAUUUGGCUCUGCCCUAUCCCCUGCCCCUUAUACAGGCCCUGCAAACCGAUAGUGACACGCCCACUAGUCCUGCUGAAGGAGACAUGCAAAGCAGUGUGUUUUUCAGGACACACAAGAACCUGGAAUCAGUGGAUCCUCAAUUUACCAUGAGAAGAAAGAUGGAGCAACUGAGAGAAGAGCUGGAGCUCACAGAACAACUAAGAGAGAGCAUUGAGAGCAGACUAAAAGUAAUACUUCCUGAAGAUCUGGGUACGUCUCUCAUGGAUGGGGUUGUGCUGUGUCACUUAGUAAAUCACAUUCGGCCGCGUUCAGUGGCCAGUAUCCACGUACCGUCCCCUGCAGUGCCGAGGCUUAGCAUGGCUAAAUGCCGCAGAAACGUUGAAAACUUUUUGGAUGCCUGCAGGAAAAUGAAAGUCCCUGAGGAUAAGUUAUGUCUGCCUCAUCAUAUUCUGGAGGGGAAGGGACUUAUCAAAGUUGGCAUCACUGUCCAAGCUUUGCUAGAUGAGACUUCAACCAUACAGACACUCUUCCCAUAAGUCGCACACAUACACAAGCAUCUACACAGCUAACUGACAUGUACACAACACAAACACUCCUAACUGUGGAUGGAUAUGCACCUGUUGCUGUUGCUAGCUGACCUCUACCAACUAUAUAUUUCUAUUAUAAUUUUUGGUCCUCAACUACAGGUAAAUGUCAAUGUUUUCCAUUUUAUAAUAUAUGUAAAAUAUAUACGAUUUUGAUAUGAUAUUACUUUUUCCGAGGCUGUAAUCUUGUAUCCAAAAUUAGCUUAAAACUUGAGUUAUGAAAUGUAUUUAAUACACACAUAUUUAUUAAACUGCUAGUUGAGAGAUGUACACAAUUAGGAAAAAAGACAGUAUUUUUCUGAUUUUAUAUAUAUUUACAUUAUAUUACAAAUUGUAUGGGUUUGUUUAGUUUUUAUUGGCACUACAGUUGUCUACCACAGUCUGGGUGUAAAACACUCGCCCUCCCGGUGUCUUUAAAUACUGUAUUUGUAAAAUAUUUUUUUCAACAUUUUUUGGGAGACAUUGAUGUUCAGUCUCAGGGGAGAGGUGUGCCUCACUAGUUUCAUUAAGUCUUCUGCUUACCUAUUAGCCAGGUAUUUAUCCACUAAGUAUGUCUGUUUGUGUAUGUGCAGUAGAAAGCAACAUACUGUACUCAACCAAUGUUUCAUUUGUAUGUGUACAAUUGUGAGAAAAAUACCAUAUCUUCAGUAAUUCCUUUUGUGAGAGAACGAGAGCACAUGUUUGCACUUUUUUUAUGUUUGUUUGUAUGCGAGGAUGUUUUUUACCUUUGUUCUACCUGUGUGUAUUUGCUUACGUAAAGCUUGAUGUCCAAAGUUUCAGCUCCAAACAGAUACAUACAUGAAUCGAACCAAAACCUGAAGAUGGUUUCUCAGUGGAGAUUAUUUGACAGUUGCCAAAAUUUUCAUAUAACAAACUGAUGUUCAAAAACAAGAUCCACAAAAAUAAUCAUUUAAUACAGGUCUUUUAGCAUUUUUUUUUUUUACAAAAAAAAAAGUGUUUUAUUUGUUAAGGGUUUGUAAUGUAAUAAUGGUGCAGGACAUGUAUAAUUUGAUGUGCAUAUUUCAGUGAGAAUAGUUUUUCUUGUUUAAAAAAAACUAUCACUAUAACACUUUUAUAAUAAAAACAAUCACUGGGCUGUAAUUUGUGUAUUCAUAAAAAUAAAUUGAAAUCCUAUAGUUUUAAAUAAAAAUACUUUCUUAAAGGUUAUCUUUAUUGCAUAAUCACUAAUAAAACCUCACACUUUAUCUGUUCUUUAAGGAAAACACCACCGUUUUUCAAUAUUUUACUGCGCAUCCCAAGGUCGAAGUGGUGCAAACUAAGUGCUCUUCCGCCAUACAAUAUAGUUCUAAUUUUUUAUAUGCUUAAAAAAAAUCACCACAUUUUAUUUUGUGCCACCAUACUUACUUGUGUAACUGCUCAUGUAACAGUUUUUAAACCGGGAAAACAUGGAAGUGUUUGGUGGCUUCUAAAUUCAUCACAUUUGGAUCCUAAGGAAUGAAUGGGGCUAGGCUAAAUGCUAACACAUUCACGGUGUGCUGUACAAAGAUUAAGUGCAUGCAUUGAAAAAAGAUAGGUAUGUAUUAAUUCAUAUAAGCUUAGGUAAGAACAUAGUAAAAGAUUGAAAACGGUGGUGUUUUCCUUUAAGAGUGCCAAGUAAAUUUCUAUAAAUAUACAAUGAGAAGUAGAGAUGCACCAAUAUACAUUUUUUCCACCGAUACCCGAUGUUUCAGACUGAUAUCUGACGAUAUUUUGGUGGUUAUAUUUUACAUCAUAAACCUGUCAAAUAAAUAAAUCAAACAAAUCUACCAUGGAAAAGCGCAGAGAAUUUCGAGACAUCUGAAAAAUACUUACAUUUAAGUGGAGACCAUUUAAGUCUUUCCAUCGGUUUACUAAUGGGGCAUACACACCAAACACAAAUUAAAUGUUUUGCGCGAGAAGAUUUCAUACAAAGUCAAAGCAAAGACGUGAAUCCGAGCAGGGCGAUGCGAACUUCCUUGCAAGUUGAAAAAAUGUAACUUGAUCAAAAUAUUCGCCUGACCCAACAGUAAAUCCAGCGAGAAAUAUUGAGCAAGGAAUGCGAUGCGAAUACAAACUUCGCGGUUGGUGUGUAUGCCCUAUUAUAUCUUUGAAUUAACCUGUUUCAAUUUUUUUAAAUCCUUUUAUUUCUCAUGAGGAUUUCAGAUGUCUUUGAAUUUGAUCUCUUGUCUGAAUGCUGCUUAAAUGGAAUCGUUCUGUAUAAAAUCCUGCUGUAUGUUUUGAGGAAUUCUUUUCCACGUUUUCCUGUGACAUUUUAUUUUGAAGUUUAUGGUCUGUGGUUUAUUAAAAUGCAAGAUCACAAACAAUUUGUAUUGUUAUAUAACCUAAAACUACUUUUCAUAAUAUACACUUUGUAAGAGUUUAAAUACAGAUUAGUUUUUUUUAAAUGACAGCGUUUGCACUUUAUGUAUUUGGGACUGUUUUUUGGCAACUGGCAAAUAGUAAUAUAGUAUUUAUAUUUCAGUAUUUGGAGAAACUAAAGUAUAUCAGCUUAUCGACUCACUGUAAUGUGUGAUAAAAUAAAAAAAAUCACAAAAUGGGAUACAAAUCUUUUCCUGCUGAAUGUUAUGUUGCUAUUUUGUCUUUCUUCAUCUUAAUGUAAAAGAAAGAAGUCUUGUACUACACAAUUUUUUGUAAUUCAAUUUUUAUAAGUAAGAAUUAUUUUUUCAUGUCUUUUCAGUGCUUGGGAUUUUCUGAUGUACUAUAUUUUACCCCUUUGUAAUUCUGUGAAGUUUUAAAGUGCCUGUACAGUAAUGUUUAAUGCAUGUCACUCCACCUUUUGCCUUAAACUCUGUAAAUAAGGUUUAUUUGUACCAGCUUUUACCAGUAAAUACUUUCACGUUUAAA